AUGAGGCGUAAUGAAAGUGGGAUUGUGGAUCAGAUAUUGUUUCUACGAGAUGUUGGAUGGGAUGCGGAUGACAAAUUUGAAACCCGUGAUCAAUUGGAUGCCGAUGAUUGUGAUCUACAUGCGAAGCUGAACAGACAAAAAAUGUGGAACUUGGAGAAGCGUGCAGGUGCAGGGAAAACGGAGAUGGAAGAAAUGAAUUGUGCCACUAAUAUUUUUCGCAUUUUGUCUUGCCUGCUACUGCUUUUACUCCCUUCUGCUUCUCUUCCCUUAUGCAUUGAUUCAAAAGCACCAUUUACUCCCAAGACACCUUUGGUUUUCUGUCCUACUGGUGAUAGUGUUUGUUGCGACACCAACCAGGAUUUGGAAUUGCAGAAAGUAUUUCAAUCUAUGAACAUUUCUGAUCAUGCUUGUGCUUCUCUUUUGAAAUCUAUAAUUUGCGCGCAAUGCCAUCAAUUCUCAUGGGAUUUAUUUGGAGGUAAUUUAGGGACUCGAUCAGUUCCAACACUCUGUACCGUUUCGGCGAGCGCAGCUCUAUCCAAGACAUCUUCAAAUAAUUUUUGUUCAAAGGUAUGGGAUGCAUGUCAAACUACAUCCAUACUAAACUCUCCAUUUGCACCCUCACUACGAAAUAAAAUUAAAGUAUCAGUUCGUUCUACUUCUUCUAAAUUAGCUGAUCUUUGGAAGUCAAAUACUAGUUUCUGUAAGGCCUUCGGUGGAUCUCUAGAUGAUGGAUUAGUAUGUUUCAACGGAACCUCAGCUUUGCUACGUGAUACUAAAAAUCCACAGCCACCAAAUGGCAUUUGCCUUGAGCAAUUAGCUAAUGGGUCUUAUCUUGAUAUGACUGCACAUCCAGAUGGAUCUAACAGUGUUUUCUUGGCUAGCCAACAAGGUAAAAUAUGGUUGGUGAAUGUUCCCAAAGAGGGAACUGGAGAAGCAAUGAUGCUAGAUGAAUCAAAUCCAUUUGUAGAUCUAUCUGAAACAGUACAUGUUAGUACCGAGCUUGGGUUGAUGAGUAUAGCAUUCCAUCCGAACUUUGCACACAAUGGUCGUUUCUUUGUAUCAUAUAAUUGUGAUAGAGACCAUUGGUCUGGAUGUUCUGGAAGAUGUUCAUGUAAUACAGAUGUUAGUUGUGAUCCUUCAAAGCUUCAUUCUUCUUACGGUGAUCGACCAUGCCAGUUUCAUACCGUUAUCUCAGAGUAUACCGCUAACAAUAGUGGGUUUGAUCCAUCCUCGGCAAUAAAAGGAAAUCCGGUGGAAGUGAGGAGGAUAUUCACAAUGGGCAUUGCGUAUACAAAUGCUAAUGGGGGGCAAAUCAUCUUUGGUCCAGAUGGGUACUUAUACUUCAUGACAGGAGACGGAGAAACUGAACUUGAUCCGUACAAUCUCGCUCAAAACAAGAAAUCCUUGCUUGGUAAAAUUCUGAGGUUUGACGUCGAUAACUUUCCAAGUGAAGCAGAAUUAACCAAACUGAAUGCAUGGGGAAACUACUCAAUACCAAAAGAUAACCCGUUUCUGUAUGACAAGGAAUCCCUUCCUGAAAUUUGGGCCUUGGGAUUAAGAAACCCAUGGCGUUGCAGUUGGGAUUCAGAGAGACCAUCCUACUUUCUCUGUAUAGACUCUGGCAAGGAUCAAUAUGAAGAGGUGGAUUUAGCCACAAAAGGUGGAAACUACGGAUGGCCAUAUUUUGAGGGAACAUUCCCAUUUCAUUUUCAGAAUUCUUCAAGAGGAAACAAGAAUAACAACUCCACAAACCUUAUCUUUCCUUUAAUGGGAUAUGAUCACUCUCCUGUUAAUACAAACGAUGGUUCUUCGUCCAUUGCAGGUGGUUUUGUAUAUAGGUCCGACACUGAUCCAUGCUUAUAUGGCAAGUACUUGUUUUCAGAUUUAUAUGGGUUUGCUAUAUGGGCAGGGAUAGAGAACCCAGAAAACAGUGGGAAUUUCACUACUGCCAAGGUUCCAUUUAGUUGUUCUCGUGGCUCUCCGAUUCAGUGUAAUUUGGAGAAAGAAAAAUCUCACUUAAAUUUGGGCUAUGUUUACGCAUUAGGAAAGGAUAAUAAGAAAGAUAUAUAUCUUUUAACAAGCAAGGGUGUGCUCCGAAUUGCUCCUCCAAAUCGUUGCCACUACAUAUGCUCGAAGGAAAAUCUUACAGCUUUCCAAGAUCCACAGCAUAUACCUUUUUCUCCAUCAACUUCAACCGGGAUGCAUUUCAAUAGUUCACUGAAGAAGUUGUUGCUCUUCUUCCAUUCAUUUCUAUUGCUUCUUCUGAAUUUUUCCUUGUAA